AUGAAAAUCUUCUACAUUGGCAUUCUCAAGAAUGAGAACAAACCAGCACACGAGCUAUGCGUUGAGAAAGAUCUCAGUAGCUACUCAAGGUUCACAAGGGACAACUAUGGCCAAUUCAUGUCUCUGUUCAGCAAGACUGUCGCAGAACGAACAAAGCCUGGUCAGAGGCAAGAUGUUGAAGAGAAAUGCGUCGCCGGAAUCAUAAUCAGCGAUCCCGACUAUCCUGCCCUUGUCGCACAUCAAUUGCUUUCCAAAGUUGUCGACGAGUUCCUCGCCCGCUAUCCUCGCUCCACCUUCGCCAAUUCCAACCCCAACCUACCCUUUCCACAGCUCAAAGAAUACCUCGAGAAAUACCAGGAUCCGCAACAAGCGGACAGCAUAAUGAAGAUCCAGAAAGAACUGGACGAGACGAAGAUCGUGCUGCAUAAGACGAUUGAGAGCGUGUUGGAGAGAGGCGAAAAGAUUGAUAGCUUGGUUGAGAAGAGUGACGGACUCAGUGCUCAGUCAAAGAUGUUUUAUAAACAGGCAAAACAGCAAAAUUCUUGUUGUGUAAUCAUGUAA